UCAGUUAAAUUGCAAAAUUAACAAAGUUACUGGUUUGUAUCAUCUUCAACAGAUCAAGUCAGAACUUCCGACGUAGCUGGAGUGAUCCAGAGAACUUGUUAGACGUUAGUCUGAUUAUAGAAUGAUCACAAUAGGCUUAUCCUGAGGCCAGAAUCUUGUCCUCAUCAGCAAAUUUUAAAACUUUUUAGCGGCAUACCGUCUGCAGAUAGUCGAAGUUCAUGGAUACCGCCAACUUGAUCGGAAUAUGUGGUUUAACCGCACCAGUAAUAAUUUUGGUGUGGAAUAUCGGUGUUGCAUGCGCACGCAGGGGCAAAAAACCAACGCGGGAAUCAUUUGUAACAGAAAAAGAACGUCGCACUAAUGUUGAUUCACUUGAACAACCGGAAGUUAUCGUUAUUGGGUCGGGAGUUGUUGGAUCUGCGGUUACGACUGUGUUGGCUCGCGACGGCCGGUUUGUAACGGUUAUCGAACGGGAUUUAAAUGAGCCGGACCGAAUCGUUGGUGAACUUUUGCAACCUGGCGGAGUGCGCGCUUUGCAUCAGUUGGGAUUGUCCAAUUGUGUAGAAAACAUUGACGCGCAAGUAGUGAACGGAUAUGUGGUGCACGAUCUGGAAACCUGCGCCCACGUAGAGAUACCCUAUCCGACAUUUGGCAGCCAGAAGCAACAAGGAAGGUCAUUUCAUCAUGGGCGGUUUGUGCAAAACCUGCGCGGAUUAGCUCAGGACGGCCCCAGAAUUCGAAUGAUCGAAGCGAAUGUCGUUAACCUGUUGGAAUCCGAGGAUUCUGAUCGCAUUACUGGAGUCGAAUACAAACUGCGCGAUUCUGAGCAGACAUCCCGUUUAACUGCUCCACUGACCAUCGUGUGCGAUGGACAUUUUUCUCGAUUUCGGCAGAAGCUGGUACGCGAAAAUGUCCAGGUGUCCUCACAUUUUGUGGGGCUGCUGAUGGAGAAAUGUCCCCAGUACUUGCCUUUACACGCUGAACUGGUUCUCGGUAAUCCAUCACCGGUUCUAAUCUGAACAACACACCAGAGUGCUGGUCGACGUUCAAGGCAAACUACCCAAAAAUAUGCCGGACUUUAUGGUAUCGGAAAUCGCACUGCAGCUGCCUGGUCAGUGCGUCACGAGAGUUAAUAACCUGAUGUACAAUGGAUUGUGAUAACUAUGUAUUAUAACGUCGUGUUGUACAGUUUUGUAUUCCUGAUUUUUUCUCAAAACUUCUUCCUAUGUCUUGACUGUAUUACUGCCUUGCAUUAUCACAUUCAAUACGGUGUCUGAAUUUAAGUACAUUCAGUAUCUGAAUUUAUUGUUAUUAAGACGAAAGGUACCGCAACAAAAGUACAAAUU